AUGAAAGGAGGGCAUCGGAAGCCCUCCAAAUCAGACGGUAAUGAUUUCGGGUUCGGGCCACCCCGAAACUCCGGGUCUGGUCCUGCAAACAAUGUGGUUGUGAACCAUGCGUCCCGGGCAGCUCCUGGCCCACCAAGCCCACACACUGGACCCGCAAUUGUUGCUCCGCCGCCAAUGAAUACGGUGGAGCCUCUCCCCUUGUUCCGGGAUGUGCCGGUUUCAGAACGUCAGAACCUGUUCUUACGGAAACUCCAGGUAUGCUGCUUCCAUUUAGACUUUACGGAUACCUUAAAAUCGGUGCGAGAAAAGGAAAUCAAGAGGCAAACUUUAUUGGAGCUUGUGGAUUUUAUUCAAUCCGGUUCGGGAAAGAUUACGGAGAAUUGUCAAGAGGAAAUGAUAAAAAUGGUUUCAGUGAAUAUAUUCCGGUGCUUGCCUCCAGCUUCGCAUGAGAAUACAGGGCAAGAAUCCGCUGAUCCUGAAGAGGAGGAGCCUUAUUUGGAACCAUCUUGGCCUCAUUUGCAGCUUGUUUAUGAGCUUCUUUUAAGAUAUGUUGUGUCAUCAGAUACAGAUACCAAGGUUGCCAAGAGGUAUAUUGAUCAUUCGUUCGUGUUGAAAUUGCUUGAUUUGUUUGAUUCUGAGGAUCCGCGAGAGAGGGAGUAUUUGAAGACUAUUCUGCAUAGGAUUUAUGGCAAGUUUAUGGUGCAUCGUCCGUUUAUCAGGAAGGCUAUAAAUAAUAUUUUCUAUCGUUUUAUUUAUGAGACUGAGAGGCACAGUGGGAUUGGGGAAUUGUUGGAGAUUCUAGGGAGUAUUAUAAAUGGGUUUGCGCUGCCGAUGAAAGAGGAACAUAAGUUGUUCCUUGUAAGGGCGCUUAUACCAUUGCAUAAACCAAAGCCAAUAUCGGUGUACCACCAGCAGCUGUCUUAUUGUAUCACUCAGUUUGUUGAAAAGGAUUACAAGCUGGCAGAUACUGUUAUUAGGGGUUUGUUGAAGUAUUGGCCAGUGACUAAUUGUCAAAAGGAAGUUCUCUUCCUUGGAGAACUUGAAGAAGUUCUGGAAGCAACACAAUCUGCAGAGUUUCAGCGCUGUAUGGUCCCUCUUUUCAGACAGAUUGCUCGCUGCCUUACCAGCUCCCAUUUUCAGGUUGCUGAACGAGCUCUGUUUUUCUGGAAUAAUGAGCACAUUGUGAGUUUAAUCGCCCAGAACCGAAGUGUAGUUUUGCCAAUUAUUUUUGAAGCAUUGGAAAAGAAUAUACAGAGUCACUGGAACCAGGCAGUUCAUGGGCUGACCAUUAAUGUUCGGAAAAUGUUCUUGGACAUGGAUGCCGAGUUGUUUGAAGAGUGUCAGAGGCAGCAUGCGGAGAAAGAGUCUAUGGCCAGAGACGUGGAAGAGCAGCGAGAAUUGACAUGGAAGAGACUGGCUGAUGUAGCAGCACAGAGAGGUGGGGACGAUAUGAUCACUGUUUAA